AACAGAACUAUAAACAUUUAGUUCAUAGGAAACUAUACAAUAAUCAUUUUAUUUUAUAUAUUUCUUUAAAUGAUUGAUGAAAUUUUAAAAAAUUAAAAAGUAAACAAUUGUAACUUUUAUUAUGAUACAAUGUUUUCUGUGCACAUGUUACGAAUUUCGAUAUUCGAUUUUAUGUCACAAACAUUUCUAUUUAGAAUUGAAGUUCGUGACAAGGGGGAGGAAAAAUUAAAUAUUUUUUUUCAAAAUCAAAACCAGUUUCAUUAGUAGGAAAACCCAACUCAUGUAUUAACGAAAAUUUUCAUUGCAAUUUAUUUGUAAAAUCGUAAGCGUUUACAUUUAUAAACCAACGUUAUUAACGCAACAAAAUAUAACUGAAUAGUCAGAUACGAACUGCGGAACAAAGGGUUAUAUUGGACAUCGAAUAGGCGGAGCAAAGAUGCGCAUGCGCAGUUAGGUAUUUUCGAUACUUAGACUGAGUCUCCUAUAUGAUCUAAGCCAAGCGUAGGCUCGGCUGCAGUCGAAGUGUAUAGUCGAAUAACGACUAAGUUGCGUGGUGUGUGUGGCCCCCAGUUCUCUUUACUUCUCUCGCUUCUGUUAGUCCUUGCGUUGCUAGAGUCUAUCAGUCGCGUUCGUAUGAGAAAUGGAGCUUGAGCAAUCGACAAUGCAGUCGAAUCCUGAUUCAAUGCCCAUAUAAAUGGCAUGUCAAAUGGAUUUGAUAAAAAAAGAGAACACAAGUCAGAACAUAGGGACAAAGAACGGUCUCACAAAUCUGAUCAUAAAGACAAAGAAAGAAGCAAAGAAAAAGAUAGAAAUCAUAAAAGUGAACAUAGGGAUAAGGAAAAGGAUAGACAUAAACACAGUUCUAAUUCUAUUAAAGAAAAGGAUAAACACGAUAGUAAUAGCAGUAGCAAAGAUAAAGACAAGGAAAGAAAAAGUAGUUCAUCAUUGAGCAAAGAUAAAGAACAUAAAAGUAGUUCUUCUAGUUCUUCAAGCAAAGAUAGAGAAAAGGAUAAAAGCAAAGACAAAGAACAUCAUCAUAAAUCUAGCUCUAGUUCUAGUUCUAAGGAUAAAGAUAGGCAUCACAGUAGUUCCAAGGAUAAAGAAAAUAAAGAAAAGGACAAAGACAAAAGUAAGGAUAGGGAUAAAUAUAAACAUAGUAUAAGUUCAAGUUCCCGAGACAAAGAUAAGGAUAAAAAUAUUUCUAAAGAUAAAGAAAAGGAGAAAAAACAUUCAUUGGAGAAGGACAAGGAAAGACAUUCUGCAUCUCAUGCAAAUGAUAAAGAAAAACAUCGCUCUUCUGACAAAGACAAACAUAGUUUGUCAACAAAACACAAAGAAGAUAAAGAUAAAAAAGAGAAAAAGAAGGAAGAAGUUAAGGUAAAAGAAGAGGCAAUAGAUGUAAAACCUAAUCACGUCGUAAAUGAAGUAUUUCAGUUUGAUGUUGGUCAAACUUUGAAACAUGAAAUAAAAGAAGAACCUAUAUCACAAAUUGAACCAGAAGAUGAUGAUGACAGUGGUGGAGAACAACCAUUAUAUAUUAAAGUUGAUGAAGAUGAAGAAGAACCUAUCAAUGAAGAAGAAGGAAGUAUGGAUUCAACUGAUGGAAAUGAUACAAGACUCUCAGAUCUUCAUAAUACAACAAUUAAAACUGAAGAAGAUUCGGAUGAAGACAUGCCAUUAAGUGCAAGAUCCAUAGUUCCUAGUAGUAAAAGAAGUUUAGAUUCAGAAGAAGAAGAUGAUGUUCCUCUCUCAGCACGUAAAAAGCCUAAGAAAAACGAUACAAAAACAAAAAAAAAGAAGCGGAAAUAUGAUGACGAAGAUGAAGAUGAAAUUGAACAAGACCAGUAUUUGCACCUCCAUAUGAACCACUUCCCCUUGAUAUAAAGUUUUACUAUAAUGGAAAAGAAAUGAAAUUAAGUCAAGACUCGGAAGAAGUUGCAACUUUUUAUGCACGUAUGUUGGAUCAUGAUUAUACUACAAAACCUGCAUUUAAUAAGAACUUCUUUGAUGAUUGGAGAGAAGUGAUGACUGAAUCAGAGAGAGCUAAAAUAGUUGAUUUAAGUAAGUGCAAUUUCAAAGAAAUGCAUUCAUAUUUUGUUCAAAAAAGUGAAGAACGAAAAGCAAUGUCAAAAGAAGAAAAACAGAAAAUUAAAGAGAAAAAUGAAGAAAUUCAAAAAGAAUAUGGUUUUUGCACUAUCGAUGGACAUAAGGAAAAAAUAGGUAAUUUUAAAAUUGAACCGCCUGGUUUAUUUAGAGGUCGUGGUGAACAUCCAAAAAUGGGUAAAUUGAAAAGAAGAGUUAUGCCAGAAGAUAUUCUCAUUAACUGUUCCAAAGAUUCUGAUAUACCAAAGCCACCACCAGGACAUAAAUGGAAGGAAGUUCGGCAUGAUCCUAAUGUUACUUGGCUUGCAUCUUGGACAGAAAAUAUUCAAGGACAAGUGAAAUAUGUUAUGUUGAAUCCAUCAAGCAAGCUUAAAGGAGAGAAAGAUUGGCAAAAAUAUGAGACUGCUAGAAAAUUGCUGCUAGGAAAUCCGCAAUUAAUAGAUAAAAUACGUGCAGAAUAUAGAGAAGAUUGGAAAAGUAAGGAAAUGCGGAUAAGACAGAGAGCUGUUGCAUUAUAUUUUAUAGAUAAAUUAGCUCUCAGAGCUGGUAAUGAAAAGGACGAAGAUCAAGCAGACACUGUUGGUUGUUGUUCACUACGUGUAGAACAUAUUACAUUACACGAACAAAAGGAUGGAAAAGAGUAUGUAGUUGUAUUUGAUUUCUUAGGUAAGGAUUCUAUAAGAUAUUAUAAUGAAGUGCCAGUAGAAAAAAGAGUAUUCAAAAAUUUACAACUUUUUAUGGAAAACAAAUCACCAAAUGAUGAUUUAUUUGAUCGGCUUAAUACAACUGUUAUGAAUAAACAUUUAAAUGAAUUGAUGGAAGGACUCACUGCUAAAGUAUUCAGAACAUAUAACGCUUCAUGGACAUUACAACAGCAAUUAAAUGAAUUAACAAAUCCUGAUGAUACAGAAGCAGAAAAAAUUUUAUCAUAUAAUAGAGCAAAUCGAGCUGUUGCAAUACUAUGUAAUCACCAACGUUCAGUGCCUAAAACACAUGCAAAAUCCAUGGAAAAUCUUAAGGCAAAAAUAGAAGCUAAGAAAAACGCUAUAAGUGAAGCAGAGUUAGCGGUAAAGGAUGCUAAACGUGAUGCAAAACAUGGGUCUGUCAAAGAAAAAGUUGUAUAUGAAAAGAAGAAAAAAGCUCUUGACAGAUUAAAAGAGCAAUUGACAAAGCUGGAGGUUCAAGCAACAGAUAAGGAGGAAAAUAAAGAAAUUGCAUUGGGCACCUCUAAAUUGAAUUAUCUUGAUCCUAGAAUUACAGUUGCAUGGUAACUUUGAUUCUUCUUUUAUUUUAAUUAAAUAUUAUGUUUACAAAUGUACAGAUUUAAAUUAUUAAUUUUAUAUUAUUUAGGUGUAAGAAACAUAAUGUCCCUAUUGAAAAGAUUUAUAAUAAAACUCAGAGGGAUAAAUUCAGAUGGGCAAUAGACAUGGCAGGACCUGAUUAUGUAUUUUAACCCCAUAGAAGAUUAAUUAUGAAAAAUAACUCUCACUGAUUGUAUUUAGUGAAAUUUUCGUUAAAAUUAUCAAGGGAAAAGUAAUGGUAUAAUUUUCUAUAUUUACAAACGAUAAAUGUGAGAAUGUGAAAACAUAUUUUGUAUAGAACACUACGUUAAAUUUCGGUAAAGACUUUAUAUUCAGUAUGUAAUUAACACAUACUAGUAGUCUAGAAUUGAUCGUUAGCAAUCAUUGCAUAAAAAUUUUAGCGAUCGCAUUUGCAUAUAGACGUUUAAUUGAUCUUAUAAAUAUUAGAAAUGAAAAUUGUAUAGUUUGACAAAAAUUUAAAUUCAUGUUAGGUAGAAAUUUAUAAUAUUUGUGAAUUAAAAAAAACAAAAUUUGUGCAAGUAAAUCUAAAUUUAGAGAGAGAGAGAGAGAGAAAGAACUUAACAUACUUCAUUAGAAUAAGAAUUUUAGUCUCUAAAUUUAGAAGUGCACAAUACAUAUGGGCUGUUGCAUUGUAUAUAGAACUGUUCAUGAAAACUUUGCCAGCCAAUUAAAAAAGAGGUAUAUUGUAUUAGGUCUAUAAAAAUCCGACUGCUGAAUGAACAGUUAAUUUUAUAUUCCUUUAAUUUUUUCUUAUAAGUUUUUUCUUAUAAGUGUACAAUGUCAUCAAUGAAAAGUACUUGUAUUUUGCAUUCUGAAAAGUUGGAGUCGUGUGCUCUAUGUGAACUUUUUUAGUAUAAAAUUUAUUAGGUCGAAAUUGCAUUAGUAAACUCGAUUGGAAUAUACUGUCUGAAAAGAUGACAUACUAAUGUAUUUAAAAAGUAGAUUAUUGCUUUUAGCGAUUUAUGCUUUAUAAAACGAAAUAUUAGUCUAUAAUAAAUGUGAACACAGUGUAUCCUUAACAUUUUUUUAGUAUUUGUACACUUAAAAACCUUGUGAUCACCAUGAAAUAUUGUAAAAGAAAACUGUUCCAAUAUAUUAGAAAUUAGUUAUAUUCAUAAUUAUAAUUGAAUUUUGUUUGAUCAUAUCAACUAUUGUCAUUUUAAUAUAUAUGAACCUGUAUUUAGUAGUAAAAUACUCAAAUUUACUGCAAUAUUUUUCAAAAUCCUUUACCUUAUAUAUGUUAAUCAUUUGUGCAAGAUAUUCUACAAUUAAAGAAUAUCUUUGUUUAUGUGACUAAUAGGAUUCAAAUUACAGAUUAAUUUUUGAAUGUAAAAUAUCUUAUUUUAAUCUUUUAUAAGUAAAUCAUAUUUAGAAUAGAUAAAUCUAUUUGCUUAUUUAUCUUGGAAUAUAGACUAGAGACGAGUAAUUUUUUUAAAUUGCUUAGAAUAUAUUUACAUUAAUUGUAGAUUUUAUAACAAAUAUAUUAUUUCUUUCAUAAAAAUAUUCACUUAUUUUGCUAAAUUUAAUAUUAAUUACUCGUCACUGACAACGUAUUCCCAAAUCACUGUGUUAUAUGCGUAUGUACACAAAAGAUCUUUUACACUGAACUUAUAUAUAAAUAUACAUUUAAGGAAGUUGCAAUGGUAAAAUUAUACAAAUAUGUAAUUAGAAUGGUGGUUUAUUUAUAACUUUUGUUUUAAAACAUUAUACUGACCACAAGUUAGUCCAUUUUAUUUAAAACUUAUAUUGAUGUGUUUUAAGAAAUAUUAUAAAGUUAUUAAAGGCCACCAUUCUCAUAAAACUGCCAAUUGUAUGAAGAAUCGCAUAAUUUAAUCGUCUGCUAUGCUAUAAACUAGUUUCAUUUCAUUUAUAUCUUAUUUUCAUUAAUAAUUCAAAAUGAAUCUUUUAUUCAUUUACAAUACUUAACGAUCUAAAGUAUCAAUCUCAUAUCGUUUUAUAUUGCCUUUUCUUCUUAAAUAUUGAUGAUUAUAAACAUUUUUGAAGACGAAACUGGUACUGUAUAUCAGACUACAUUAAUUUAUACGAUGAUCAAGUAGACUGAAUUUAAGAUAUAUAUAUAUGUGCGAAUGUAUGUUGUAUUAUUCUUAAUUUACUUUAUUAAAGUCAUUUGCAAUAUAGAAAUUAAUAACUAA